AUGAGACCAAGAACGGCGCAGAAUCUUCGCGGCCCAGCCUGCUCAUUGUGUGAUAUUAUUCACUUUGGGUACUUUCAUCAGAUCAACCUGCUUGUCUCCAAAGGAAUCCAUGUCAAUGCCAGAGACGCUUUUGGCAGAACCCCACUCAUCCUGUGCGCCUUCAUGCAACCUGAAGACUGGGGAGUCGGAACAGCCAUGACUCUGAUCGAGCACGGCGUCUAUCUUGGUGAAAGGGACUGUUUUGGCAGAAAUGUUUUACAUUAUGCGUGUAUUUAUGAACGUCAAAAACUGGUUCCAGUUUUACUCCGGGCGAUAGAUUUUGACCUCAACCAGGCAGAUACUCUAGGAAAUACGGCCCUCCACUAUGCAGCGAUGUCAGGAAAUGUAUCGAUAACAAACCUGUUGGUGCAGAGCUACAAGAAGUACCGUCUCAAGGCGAACAAAGUCAACCGCCAAGGAAAAACUGCCAUUGAAGAGGCUCUGACGUGUGGUAAUACAGCAUGUGCUGGUGUCAUAGAGGAGGAACUAGCCCAAGAUCAGCAAGAAAGCACCACGAAAGAUGUUCAUUUCAGAUACAGAGCUGAUAUUGGUUCGCUUACAGACAAUGUGACAUCACAAAGUUUGCCUGUUUUAGGAACAAAUAAAUUUCGAAGAUCAACGUCGGCAGCCAUUUUAAACAGACGUGAAUCCAGCUCUUCCAAUAAUUCCUCCCACAAGGGGCGGCUACUCAUAUCUUCAGUGGGCAGAUUAAAUAACACAAAGAGUGGAUACACAAGAAAAUCUUCCAACCCUCUUUACUCAAAAGGGUACAGGCGAGACGAAGAAAUAAUAACUUGCGCACCGAUUAGGGACUUCCGGAACACACCGGAAUAUGUCUGCAAGCUUGCUCGCCUGCCCUACGAUAGCAACUGUUGGAGCCAUGUGACAGCCAAAGAGGACAACCCCUGGGAAGACACUAGCAUCAUAUGCCAGAGGCAGCAUAAUGGAAGUGACUGGCGCCGGGAGUUGGAGCGGCUGUUCAAGGUGUACGAACAUCAAUGCUCAGCGUCAUGGCGGACCAGCAGGCAGCUUGAUCAAUCAGAGGCAGCUGCGCCGACAUCCAGUGCAGGAACCGAGGACGACGACAAGGGUAAAAAGGGAAGGAGUUGUUCGAGUGUCGCUAAGGGUCAGCAAUGGAAAGAUAGUCCAGAGCCAAAGAAAAGAGUGUCCAGCGUCCGGUCUCGACGGUUACCCAAUGGCAAGCAUGUCGGAGGCGCCACCGCAGAUGGUUCUCUGGACACAAGCACCGAGUCUAUCAACAGCUUCACCUCCAUCAAACGGAAGGGCCUGGAGAAAGAAAGCAGUCUGGGAAGGUCUGGGCCUUCUUCACCACUACCCACAGUGACUGCCUCAAAGAAAAAUCCAAGCACUGGAGACACUGCACCUCAGCUAGUGAACACCAAGGGAAACAUGGCACUACCAAUUAGCAGCUUUACCAAUGAAGCGUCAAUGAAUCUGUCUGCUCCAAAUGAUGCCACUUUGCCGUCACCAGUCCCAGCGCAAAUGCUGACGGGUGAAGGCAUUAGCUCAGCUUUGAGAAGUGGGAGUAACCAGUUAAUGUCCUCAAACUCUACACACAAAGAUGAUGCAACUGUUCCACUGCCGAAGAUUACAGUGGUUAAAGAGGUGGUUCCAACAGAAGACACGCAGACCAGCAGCAGCAACUCCCAGCAGUAUGUAGAUACAAACAAACUUUGGGUUCAGAAUCCCUAUGAGAGCAACAACAACGAAGCUGACGAUGAGACCGUUACCAGCGAUUAG